AUGGCCGCCACAACUCUGAAGACAGCUUUGCUCGGUGAAGUUCAAGGAAAGACCGCAGACGGCGUAACACAGUAUCUCGGGAUAAAAUAUGCCUCCCUUCGAGAUCGACUGGCCGUCGCCGAAGUUACUGACCAUGGGAAUCGAGAUAUUGUCCUCAAUGCGACAACUUAUGGACCUACCGCCGUUUCUCCACCCUUCGGUUGCGAGCUGGAGCAGAGUGCAAUACAGCAUACGCUUCCUAGAAAAGCGAUUUCUCAGUCCGACGUCAGUUGUCUUACCUUGAAUAUCACGGUUCCAUCUGGUACCACUCCAGCCUCUAAGCUACCAGUCUUCAUUUUCAUCCACGGAGGUGGGCUUGUCACUGGAGGGACCUCCUGGCCUCAGUACGAUAUGGCGCGAUUUGUGAGAUUGUCAGUCGAGAAGAAACUCCCCAUUAUUGCUGUCUCCGUAAACUAUCGUCUAGGAAUCUUUGGAUUCCUCACCUCAGAGGAACUUAGAAACGCUGGAUAUAAGCCUAAUAACGGUCUCCGGGACCAGAGAGCAGCAAUGUUAUGGGUGCAAAAGCAUAUUCAUUGUUUUGGAGGGGACAACCAGAAUGUUACACUGGCCGGAAUGAGUGCGGGCGCGGUAACAGCGGCAGUAACCCUUCACUUGCGUUGCAGCGAUAACUUGUUUUCAAGGGCAAUAGCAAUGAGUGGCAGCUACUUCAUGACGCCGCCAUUGUCCUUGGAUGCGCAUGAAGAGGGCUAUAGGCAGGCCAUGAAGGCAUUAGGUCUGGCAGAUAUGACUCCGGAACAGAGGCUUAGGGUUUUGCUUGACAACCCCGCGCAGGAGUUAAUGUCCAAGAUUCCACCCACAGUGCCGAUAGCUUUCGCUACUGAUGGAGAAMUCAUCCCCUCGGCUAUGACUUUUGCCCAGACAAAGUCCUAUGGGGGUAUGAAGCCGGAAGCAGACGGCGCGUGCAUAGAUUUGAUGAUUGGUAAUGCGCAGAUGGAUGCUAGCAUUUGCUCCUUUUCUACUCCACAUUGGAGGCAGAAUGCGGCACAAAACCUGAUCACGGCAAUGUAUGAUGUCCUUGCGGCGAAACCGGCUGAAGCACGAGAGCUUCUUGAGAAAUACAGCAUAGCAUAUGAUACUCCAGAUGAUGAAGCGUUUUCCGCAGUGCUUAACUUCAUCAACGACGUCGUAUCCUUUGCACCAGUUAUGAGCUUCGCCCAGGGCUGGAAAGGAAACGUACAUGUCUAUUACUUCAAUGAAGGUAACCCUUGGGAAGGACCUUGGAAAGGUCAACCUUCUCACUUACUUGAUAUUGCAUACCUCUUUCAGAACUACAGUGAGUAUUUAGGCGAACAGCAGCAAGCUGUAGCAACCGCAUUCGCAGAAGACUUUUUUAGAUUUUGUUACGGAUUUAGUCCUUGGCCCGUCGUUGAUAAACAGGGGAACGAAAGGGGUUUCGCGGCGCGUGUAUAUGGUCCAAGUGAUAAAGGACUGUCUGCUACUAUAACAGCACAGCCUUAUGGGGGUGAAACCAUGCGGAGGAACAUCAUUUUUGGCAAGGCCGAUAAAGUUUCCUUGGAUGAUUUGCUGAUGGUGGUGCCGAAAUUUGCACUCCAUGCAUCCGUUGGGAUUCAGUAG